AUGGCUAUCAGCGGUGUCCUUGUAAACGUGCACGACCCUGCCCUCGUGUUGGCGAUGACCAAAGACGGCAAGGUCGAAGGUCAGAGCUUCAACCAUACCGAAAAUCAGAGGUGGAUCGCGCAGUUCAAGUAUGACAGACCAACGGAGACGCGUCUGUGGUCGGUCCAGAACAAGGAUACUGGAAAUUUCUUGUCGUGGAACUCGAGCAUGCAAGUCCUCAUGAGCGACACUCAACACUGGUGGAAAUUGGCCGUCGUAGGCGCGAAUAUCGGAUUCCAAGUCCCCCAUGCGUCCGAGGAUGAUCAAAGCUACUACACUUUGGAGCUUGAAGACAAUGCAUCGGUGACGUGGCCCGUUGACCGUGGUCACCCUCAAGAAACAGGCGGGGGAGCUCAUCAGCAGGCAGCUGUGGCAUACCCUGGAUGA